AUGAAGAGUAACCAGUCUAUGGUGAUUCUUCCUGAAUUCAGCAGUGGAGGAGGAGAACCCAGCCGUGUUUCUAUGAAGAGUAACCGGUCUAUGGUGAUCCUUCCUGAAUUCAGCAGUGGAGGAGGAGAACCCAGCUGUGUGUCUAUGAAGAGUAACCAGUCUGUGGUGAUCCUUCCUGAAUUCAGCAGUGGAGGAGGAGAACCCAGCCGUGUGUCUAUGAAGAGUAACCGGUCUAUGGUGAUCCUUCCUGAAUUCAGCAGUGGAGGAGGAGAACCCAGCUGUGUGUCCAUGAAGAUUAACCAGUCUAUAGAGAAACCUCCUGAUAUCAGCAGUGGAGGAGGAAAACCCAGCCGUGUUUCUAUAAAGAGUAACCAGUCUAUAGAGAAACCUCCUGAUAUCAGCAGUGGAGGAGGAGAACCCAGUCAUGUGUCUAUGAAGAGUAACCAGUCUAUGGUGAUUCUUCCUGAAUUCAGCAGUGGAGGAGGAGAACCCAGCCGUGUUUCUAUGAAGAGUAACCGGUCUAUGGUGAUCCUUCCUGAAUUCAGCAGUGGAGGAGGAGAACCCAGCUGUGUGUCCAUGAAGAUUAACCAGUCUAUAGAGAAACCUCCUGAUAUCAGCAGUGGUGGAGGAAAACCCAGCCGUGUUUCUAUAAAGAGUAACCAGUCUAUAGAGAAACCUCCUGAUUUCAGCAGUGGAGGAGGAGAACCCAGUCAUGUGUCUAUGAAGAGUAACCAGUCUAUGGUGAUUCUUCCUGAAUUCAGCAGUGGAGGAGGAGAACCCAGCCGUGUUUCUAUGAAGAGUAACCGGUCUAUAGAAAAACCUUGUGAACUCAGCAGUGGAGGAGAAGAACCCAGCUGUGUGUCUAUGAAGAGUAACCGGUCUAUGGUGAUCCUUCCUGAAUUCAGCAGUGGAGGAGGAAAACCCAGCCGUGUUUCUAUAAAGACUCUACACACACAUACUCUGGAAGGGGAAACUGAAGCAGUGGAUGAUGUCUUGCUCACAGUCAAAAAGAGACACAAAGCCAGCAUAAAAAACAGAAACGAGAUCUUAUUUGAGGGCAUUAAAACAGAAGAGAAUAAAACACUCCUGAACAAGAUUUACACACAUCUAUGCAUCAUAGAGGGAGAGAGUGAAGGAGUGAAUGAAGAACAUGAAGUUUUACACAUGGAGAAAACACUCAGGAAACACAGACAAGAAACUCCAAUCGACUGCUCAGAAAUUUUUAAACCUCUACCUCUCGAUUAUAAAAAUCUCAAAUACAAACAAAGAAAAGAGAAUAAAGAAGCCAAAGAGUCAGAUCUCAGAAGUGUGCUGACUAAAGGCAUUGCUGGAAUUGGAAAAACUGUCUCUGUGCAGAAGUUCAUUCUGGACUGGGCUGAGGGAAAAGCCAACCAGGAUGUAGAUUUUAUGUUUGUUUUUCCAUUUCGGGAGCUGAACUUGAUUAAAGAUGAUCAAUACAGUCUUCACGAUCUUCUGUGUGUCUUCCAUCCUGAGCUUAAAGACCUGGAUCCAGAGAUCCAUAAUAAGCACAAAUCUGUGUUCAUAUUUGAUGGUCUGGAUGAAAGCAGAAUUCCACUGGACUUUUCACAGUGUGAGAAAGUAUCUGACAUCACUAUGACCACAUCAGUUGGCGUGUUGAUGACAAAUCUCAUCAGUGGGAAGCUGCUUCCCUCUUCUCUAAUCUGGAUAACCUGCAGACCAGCAGCAGCCAAUCAGAUCCCUUCUAAACACAUCAACCGUGUGACGGAAAUCCAGGGAUUCAAUGACCCACAGAAGGAGGAAUACUUCAGGAAGAGAAUCAGUGACCAAGACCAAGCCCAGAAAAUCAUCUCCCACAUUAAGACAACGAGGAGCCUCCACAUCAUGUGCCACAUUCCCGUCUUCUGCUGGAUCACAGCCACUGUGCUUCAGAGAAUCAUCAACCAACAUCACACAGAAAUCCCUAAAACUCUGACUGAAAUGUAUUCCCACUUCCUGAUCACUCAGACCAACGUGAAGAAUGAGAAGUAUAAGAAGAAAGAUAGCAGAGACUCAGAGAAACUGUUGAAAUCCAACAGAACCGAUCUUCUGAAAUUGGCUGAACUGGCUUUUAAACAGCUGAUGAAGGGCAAUGUGAUGUUCUAUGAAGAGGACCUGAGAGAGAGUGGCAUUGACAUCACUGAGGCUUCAGUGUAUUCUGGGGUUUUCACUGAGAUCUUUAGGGAGGAAUCUGUGCUUUACCAGAGGAAGGUCUACUGCUUUGUUCAUCUGAGCUUUCAGGAGUUUCUGGCUGCUGUUUAUGUGUUUCACUGCUACAAGAAAAAAAGCAUUCAGGAACUGGGGUUCAUUAAUCAGUGGUACAGAAUAAAUGUUUCACUGGAUGAUCUGCUGAAGAGAGCUGUAGAUAAAACUGUAGAGAGUCAGAAUGGACAGCUGGACCUUUUCCUUCGUUUCCUGCUUGGCAUCUCACUGGAAUCCAAUCAGAGACUCCUACAGGGUCUACUGACACAAACACACACUUACUCAGAUAAAACCACAGAGUACUUAAAGAACCUAAUAAACGGAGAUCACAGAUCUCUUUCUACUGAGAGAUCCAUCAAUUUGUUCCUCUGUCUGUCGGAAAUGAAGGAUCAGUCUCUCUCCAGAGAGAUUCAGGAGUAUCUAAAAUCAGGAAAACACUCAGAAGAGAAGCUUUCUCCUGGACAGUGUUCAGCACUAGCCUGCAUGCUUCUUACAUCAGAGGAGGUUCUGGAUGAGCUGGACCUGAAGAAAUACAACACGUCAGAGGAGGGAUAUAGGAGACUGAUCCCAACUGUGACUGUCUGCAGAAAAGCUGUACUGGCUGGCUGUUCUCUCACUAAGGACUCCUGUGAAGCUCUCUGCUCUGCUCUACAAUCAGUAAACUCUUCUCUGAAAGAGCUGGACCUCAGUAACAAUGACCUGCAGGAUUCAGGAGUGGAGCUGUUCUCUGCUGGACUAAAGAGUUCACACUGUAAACUGGAGACACUCAGACUUGCUGGCUGUGUCCUCACCAAGGACUCCUGUAGAGCUAUCUGCUUUGCUCUACAAUCAGUAAAUUCCUCUCUGAAAGAGCUGGACCUCAGUAACAAUGAUUUGCAGGAUUCAGGAGUGGAGCUGCUCUCUGCUGGACUGAAGAGUUCACACUGUAAACUAGAGAAACUCAGAUUAUCUGGGUGUAUGGUUACAGAAGGAGGUUGUUCUUUUUUGGCUUCAGCGCUGAAAUCAAACCCCUCCCACCUGAGAGAACUGGAUCUGACCUAUAAUCACCCAGGAGAGUCUGGAGUGAAGCUGCUCACCGAUCUACACUGUAAACUGCAGAAACUGUUGGUUGAACAUGGAGGACAAAACAGACUGAAGCCAGGAGUUAACAAAUAUUCCUGUAAGCUCACUCUGGAUCCAAAAACAGCACACCCUCGUCUCUCUCUGUCUAGGGAGAAAAGAAAGGUGGAGAGUGUGAGAGAAGAUCAGCCGUACCUGAAUAAUCCAGACAGAUUUGAUUGGUGGAAGCAGGUUCUGAGUGUGGAGAGUCUGACUGGACGCUGUUACUGGGAGGCUGGGUGGAGCGGGGAGUGGGCUGAUGUGGCCGUGUCUUACAGAGGAAUCGGGAGGAAAGGACGCAGUGAAGAUGGUCGGUUUGGAUUCAAUAAUCAGUCCUGGUGUUUAAAGUACAGUAAUGAGAAAUACACUGUUUAUCAUCUUAGCAAGAGAAUCUGUGAAUUUCCUCACCCACACCAGUCUGGCAGAGUAGGAGUGUAUCUGGACUGGCCUGCAGGCACUCUGUCCUUCUACAGCAUCUCACCUGACACACACACACUGACCCACAUACACACACUCAAAACCACAUUCAUCAAGCCGCUUUAUGCAGGGUUUGGAGUUGGUUAUUACUCCUCUGUGUGUGUGGGAUAGAAUAGCCUGUUGUAUUUCUUUUUGAUGGCGACCUAAAUCUUCCAGCUUUAAAUUAUUGUGUACUGCUCACAACAGAAAAUUGUCAAAGUGGUCAAUGAAGAGAUAAUGGUCACCUUGUCUGUUGUUUAACGUACCAGUUGUUGCAAUGAAGGUGGCAGAAGACAGAAGAGUCUAUGAGACCGUCAUGCAGGAAGAUAUUUACAGCUUUAAUAGACGUUUGCCCAGAGCUCAGACUAGUUCUGGGGGAUAUAUAGGUUCAUCUAGUAUACCGGUUUUCAUUUCUCCUCUGGUAUGCAUUUUUGACAUACCGCCAUUCUGCUAGAGGCUCUGCAUAGUACAGCACCAUUAAAGAAGCAUACUGGUACAGCUUGUUAGCUAACGCUAGCCAGUUAGCAUUUAACAAUUUAACACACUGGCGUGAGGGUAGCUCAGCUCUGUGGAGUCAAACGCUUGUCCCACGCUGUCCUCCCUGUAGAGAAAUGAGAACAGCACUUUAUCUGAGGAGCUCCUGCUACUGUCCCUCGCCUUAUGAGUGUUUUUAUCUGAGUAAAAUAGAAAAACAACAGCAAACGGAUGAAGCUUUUGCAAUUAUUCACUGAGAAAACAGAUGGAUGGAAUUGUGCAAUUGUUCAACAGCUCUGAACAUUCCUCUCAUUCCCAGACAAUUCCUCAGAAUCAGUCCAGAGUGUGGAAUCUUAUUCAAAUUCAUCAAUUUAUUCAGCACAAGUGAUAAACUCCCUAAAACACUGGAUACGAGGUAAAAAAAACUAAACAAAAAAAAAAAACUGAAAGCACAGUAUAGCCCAAUUGAAUAUAUUAAUACUGUAGUUUUGAAGGAUAAUAUUAAUGCACACUGAAUUAAAUGUAUUUGUUAACUGGAGA